GCCUCCCUGGGGAGGUGUUCAGGGCACGUCCAACCGGUAGGAGGACUCAGGGAAGAAUCAGGACACACUGGAGACACUACGUAGUUCAACUGGCCUGGGAACACGUCGGGAUCUCCCGGGAGGAGCUGGAUGAAGUGGCUGGGGCAAGGGAAGUGUGGCCUUCCCUGAUCAGGCUGCUGCCUCCUGCGCCCCGAUCUCGGAUAAGAGGAAGAAGAUGGAUGGAUGAAUGGAAAAUUGAGACUUUUUUUCCUCAUUAGAUUACGACUUUUUCAUCUUUAUACUUUGACUUUAUUCUUGUCAAAUUACAGCCAUUUUAUACAUAACUCCUUCUAUCAGGAGGUGAUGGAAGAGGAGCGACCAUGGGCGUUGGUGUCGGAGGUGGGGGGCGAGUUCGGCCUCCUGGAGGACAUGGCUGACAUCAUCAGGCAACACUUCCACAUUGUUUGCUACAAGGACUUCCUUCAAAACCCGCAGCUUCACGCUCCCAGGAUCCAGGUCCUGCUAAUGUGGAAGUACUACCCAGAGGCGGAGCUCAACCUGUUAAGGUCGCUGCCCUUCCUCAAGGCUGUUGUCAGCGGCGGGGUGGGCGUCGACCACAUGGACGUGCGCUCCAUCAACGACCUCGGGGUGAAGGUGGCCAACACGCCUGGUGUGGUGAGUGAUGCCACUGCGGACUUAGCUGUGGGUCUGCUUCUGGCCUCCGCGAGGAACAUUCUUGAGGGUCAUCAAAUUUCCGUCGACAAGGGCACGUUCCGCAUGCCUCAAAGCCUCAUGGGAGUGGAAGUGACAGGGUCGACUCUGGGAAUCAUCGGAAUGGGGGAGAUCGGCUACAAGAUCGCUCAGCGAUGCAAAGGCUUUGAAAUGAAGAUCCUCUACCACAACAGAACCAAAAGGAGCGUGGAGGAUGAGCGAGCCGUCGAAGCCAAUUACUGCCAGAGCCUGAGCGACCUGCUGAGGAGGUCGGACUUUGUCUUGCUCGCCGUCAAGCUGACCUCCGACACCAGCGGCCUCAUCAGCCACAAAGAGUUGUCGCUCAUGAAGCCUUCUGCCACGCUGAUCAACAUCAGCCGAGGUCAAGUUGUGGACCAGGAGGCUUUAGUCCAAGCCCUCCACACGGGAAGCAUCCGCGCUGCCGCUUUAGAUGUGACUCAUCCAGAACCGUUACCGAGGGACCAUCCUCUGCUGGGGCUUCCUAACGUGCUCAUCACCCCCCACAUCGGAAUCAGCACCGUGGCGACAGCUAAGAGGAUUGUAGGCUGCAUGGUGCAAAAUGCUGUGGCUGCAGUAAAAGGCCUUCCUCUUCCCAAUGAAGUCAAGAUGAAGUGAUUCAAGCUCGCUGCAUUAUCCUGUUGGGAAAAGAACCACAAAUUGCUGUCUCUUCUGAAAAUAUGUGCAAAUGCUAAAGAGAAACAAAAGUAAAAAAGCUUUUCAAUCAUGACAAUCCGCUGAUACAAAGCCAAUAUGAGCAAUGACAGACAGCAGUGAUUCAUCCACACGUCCCACAGCAGCCUCAAUUUUUCUUCCUAGACAUCAAAGAACAGUGACAGCGGGGAUGGGGGGGCUUUAACAGUCCCUCACUAUAUCACAUUCAGGUAUAAAUUCAUUAUGGUUGUAAACAAACAAGUAAACAACAAUUAAUGGCAAAUGCAUUCACAUUUAAUUUGAAUGAAGUUCAACCAACACUUCAGGUUGAAUUAACCAUGAAUGAAUUAACAGGUUGAAUUAAAUCAAGUCUGUGAUUCAUUCUAUCUGACAAAACAUCACUUGAACUGUAAUUUCAUGCCUUAUUCACCUCCCUCCCCCAAGUAUUAAAGAAGUUAGAGCAAAUUUCAUAGUGGGAAGUGGUGCCUUUGGUUCCCAUUGCUUUAACAUUGAGUCAAGACAAAAUCUGUGAUUGACCCACUACAAAAUACAUCAUAAAUUAGGCGGUGACAUUUGUUUUACAAGUCAACAGAAUAGCCAUAUACAUUUUUGUGAUCAUCAAAAAGUCUGGGAAGUAAAGCAAGUGUCAUUUCACUUGGGCCUCACUACACACACCACACUACUAACUGCAUGUACACAAUAAUUCCGGGGCAAAAUUAACAUAUUUAAUCAGAUUUUAUUGAAAUUUCAUCUGUAGAUAGAUAGAUAAAGUGAAUGUAUAUCAUACAUAUCUUUUAUCUUGUCCUGAAGCGCCGAUCCAUGAGUUUCAAAGGCUUAAAGUGGGGUUCAACUUUCGAUGUGACUCGAUGUGGUCCAACACUAUAUGAAUAUAAAGUACAUAAGUAUAAAUCCACUAUAUAAAGCGUGGCAAUGACAUCACAGAAAAACUGAAUGGAGUAAGCGCCCGAGGUGCAGGGCGUCUAGAAUGGCAUAGAAUGGCAACACGGCCGAGAAGGACAUGCCAUGGCUCAGAUCGAACUGAAAAAAAGUUUCUCCUCUCAUUCCGCGUGGGAGUGGUAAGUUUUCGGCUUCUUAGUCCUUCUUCUCCACUCCGUUUGAAACACUUUAAGUUUUGAAAAAUGUAAUUGGAGAGGCUAACUACCGGUAGUUAGCUCGCUAGCUUGCUAUGCUAGCAGCAGCCGUCUGUUAUGUCCCUACGGUGAUCCUGUAGCCUUUGCAAUGUGAUGUAAACAAAGAAUAAUAGGAGUAUAAAAGUGACUAUAUGUUAUUUCAUGUCUACAGGGCUCUGAUAAUCUUCGCCCUCUUGUCUCUCACCACCUCCAAUAAAGUCACCUCAACACACACUACAACACUUCCAGCCUUCAAAAUAAUAGCACAUCCUGUGGGGGUGCUACCAAAUAAGGGUGUCACAAAAAAUAGCUUACAUGCCUCCCCCCCAACAAAAUCAAACAUCCUUGUUUACUCAGUAAUGUAAACUCAAAUAGUGGCACAUAGAACACAAACAUCUGCAAUUGACAUAUCCCACAGACAUGUUUGAUCUUUUUUUUUUUUACUUGCCAUAUACAGCAUAUAAACAGUAAAGGUGCAUAACGGCCCUUGAGAAAAAGAAAAAAAAAACAAACAAAAACAAUAUUACACACAAUCACAAAAGAACGGCAAAAGAACAUAACCACCAGGCCUCAAAGGUAGGUAACAAAAUCCCUGAACCGCGCUGGAGGUUUCACGGUCCUCCCUGCACGCGACACAGGCAAGGAUGGCCAAUACUCCUGCGAUCCCACCAUAUACUCAUCCUGCGCAACAGAAGCAGGCAACUCCUCCCACC